AUUGCUUACUCGACCUCCGAUCCACCGCCCCAACCAAAAAAGUUUCUUGCUCCGACACCCACGAUGCGCUGGCCCCGAGUUGCCUUUUGAUCUUAUCUCCGUUGUAUUAUGGGUGCCGCCUUCAGCUCUACCGGGAAAACCAGGCUAUUCUAUCCCUCGUCGCCGUUGGCUGUGACAAUCCGCACCAAGACGAAGGAGACGAUUCGGGGUAAUCUACGGCAGGCUAUCGAGGAGCGGUGCCCGACGUUGGCUCUGGGGGAGUUUGUGCCUGCGUGGUGGUUGCCCAAUGGUCAUCUACAGCUUAUCUACUGCGUGGUCGGGGACUUCAGCAAGACGGAUCAUGUUGUUUACAAGAGGACAUAUCUUCGGCUGGUCGAUGGAGGUACACUAGGACUGGACUCUACACCGCCGAAUCAAGACUCAUUCAAUGACGACACACCUGUCGUCGUUGUCAUGCAUGGCCUCACCGGUGGCUCCCACGAAUCCUACGUCCGAAAUAUCCUGGCGGCGGCUUGUCUACCGGUGGAAAAGGGCGGACUGGGAUACAGAGCGGUGGUGAUCAACUUUCGUGGAUGUGCUGGCAUCCCGUUGACAAGCCAUCAGUUCUAUUCAGCUGGAUACACAGAUGAUUUGCGCCAGGCCCUUUUGUACAUCUCGCAGCUGUACCCCAAGGCACCACUACUUGGUCUAGGAUUCUCCUUGGGCGCCAAUGUCAUUGUGCGAUACCUCGCAGAAGAGAAGGAGCACAGUCGUCUGUCGUCUGCAUGUGUAUUGGCCUGUCCUAUUGUGGUUUUGUGGAUGAGAAAGGAAGCAUCGGACUUUGUCAUAAACCGAAAAUUUGGGACUCCUGUCCAAGUCCGCAUCACCUGGUUUAUGAUCAAGUUCAGACCGCUCUCUUCGAUUGCAAAAAGACCAUGGGAUCUCAGCAAGAAUAACGACGCUAUGGAAAGCACCCUGUGGGGGAAAUACGUCUACUCUAAAGGCAUGGCCAGCAAUCUCCUUCGUCUUCUCUCUCGACACACCGUCGUUCUGUCCCGUCGACCAGGGCAUUACGUCACCACAGCGAUGCACGCCGCUUUCGCUCUCAAGUCCCCCACGCUAGAGCAAUUCGACGACGCCUUUACGUCCAAGGCGGGCGGUGCUCCUCCGGUAUUCCCGUUCCCGUCGGCGAAGCAAUACUACACAUGGGCUUCAAGCCAUUAUGUGCUACCCGACGUGCGCGUACCGCUGCUCGCGCUCAACGCCGCAGACGACCCCAUCGUGCAAAAGGUCCCGGAUGAUGUGGACAACCCGAGUGUGGUGCUCGCUCUCACUCCCGGGGGUGGACAUCUCGGCUGGUUCGAGGUCGGCAAGCAGGGAUCCGUCGCGGUGACGCGGUGGAUAACCAAGCCGGUGAUUGAGUGGCUGAGGUUGGUUGCGGAGGAUUUGGUCCUGGAGCGGAAGACGAAGGAGGUGUAUGUCAGCGGGGAUGGGUUCUUCAAGGAGCCUGGAAGAGACGAUAUUGGGUGCAAGGUUAUUGAUGGAGGUGGAUUGGUGGAAGAUACCACGGAUGUCGAUCUGAUACAGGGACUGUAG